UAUUUAUAAAUAAGGAGAUAUAUUGAGAGCAACUUUGUUGGCAUCUUACAGCACGUGUUAUUUUAGUAGCACUGUAUGAUUCAUUAGCGGUGGUCGGGCUUAAAAUAAUUCACCAUCAAAUUUGCGCACUCUUGGCACUACCCUAAAAGUUAGGCCAUUCAACUGGCAUUGCACAGACUCAUCGCUAUAUUAUAUACUCGGGUAUUGCUGUACACACCAUAACGCUUACCUAACAUCGUAUAUACAGACAUCGGUGCCGGCAGUCAGUCGGCUUAAGGCACUCAUAGGGAUCCGAUGGCAGCAAUUGAUGAACCACUUUAUUGUGUUAAUGUGGCUGAACUGCGCUCGAAAUAUAGUACUAAAUGUGAUGAAACUAAUAAGCAAAUUGAUGUCUCACAAGGAGUUGGCGAUUAUCGCGAAUUACUGGAUCAACCAAUAAAUGGGACAAUGAGUCAUAAUUGUGAGGAACGUCCUAAAAAAUAUGAAGUGAUUAUCUGCGAGAACACACCCGAAGAAUUGCCACCCGAUGUGGUCAGAAGCAAUUCAAAGGUUGAGGAACAGUACUACAACUUAGCCAAGGAUUUAGCAAAUAUUAGGAACAAAUUCGAAUCAGGAGUCGACAGGACUGGACUCGACGACAACCAUAACAAUCAAAACAACAAAACCAUCGAUAAAAAUAUUCUUCAGCGGUCUGACAGUAUUAGCGUAAGGAUGCAAAAAUACCAGAGCGCAGUUGCCGGAGAUAAGGAUAGUCACUAUAGCAGUGAUGAAGAGAAUACUGAUCCCAAAGAGAUUCAACCGGAACCCGAAAAACUAGUGGCCGUUGAUUUGUCGUCAUUGAAGUCUCAGUGGGAAACGGGUUCAAUCAGUGCUAAUAAAGAUGAAUCGGAUGCCACUAAAGAUGAAUUAGAAGAACUGAGAAAGAAGUUAAGUUUAGGCCGAAGCGAAUCACUUAAGGAAGUCUAUGAGAGAACCAUUAAAGAGUCGCACAAUAGUGAGAACGGUGGCCAUCGAUCGGAGAUAGUCUUAGACUCACCCAUUAAGGCAAACAGUAUUAAAGAAAAAUUUGAAAAAGGAUUGGUUGACUCUGAGAGCGAACGGAUCGAUAAAUUGAAAAAUGAAAGAGAAGAAGAAUUUCAUACAAUUUCUGAAAGUGAUUCAAAUGUCAAAGAAGCCAGAAGUAUGUUUAAACAGAUUGACGCCACUGCCACUAAAGGUCCGACACCACCACAAGUGAACGGACAAUCGCAUAACACUAACGGUUUGAGCAAAAAGCUGACAAACGGUGAUGUUAUCAGAAGUGGCGAACAAGUUGGCGAAGAUGUAACCAUUGAUUCAAAUCAAUUACAGGAAAGAUUUGCUUAUUUUGAAAAUCUGCCCAAAGAAGUGCCUAAAGAAACGAAAAGGCAUCAAAUAACACCUCCAAAGGACGUCAAUGUUAUCUAUGAAAAUAAUGUCACCGAAACUAAUCCUGAUAUUAUCCGUUCAUUGGAUACCAUCGAUGAUAUUCCUAAAGUGGAAACAACUAAGAAAAUGCUCGAUAAGUUUAAGGAACUUGAAAAACAAGUGGACAACAAUCAGAUAAGUGCUCCCAAACCAUUGAAACGGAUUACACCGCCCAAAGAUUUUGUGCCCAACACUAAUGGAGACAAAGAACCAUCGCCUGAAAGAGAUCCAAAUAUAAUUAAGUCGAGCCUUAAAAAUGAGGAUAAUAUUCCGGUGACACCCGAAAUAACUCGUAAUCUUAAGGCAAAGUUCGAGAACUGGUCGGUAGACAAACAAAACAGGAAAAACAGCAGUUUUGACGCCGAAGAUGAGUUUGUGCCGCAUAUCGAUACCACUAAAAACCUGAGGGCUAAGUUUGAGGCCAUCAAAGAUGAUGACAAAUCAAUUGAAAAGCCGAAACCUCGCGUCAAUCGAUUUGUGUUUGAAACGACUGAUCCAAUAGCGGACUUGUGUUAUGUCUGCCGAAGCAAACUCUAUGCGAUGGAAAAGAUGGAGUUCAGUGGUAUAAGACUUCACAAGAAUUGCUUCCGUUGUUUCAAAUGCAAGUGUAAUCUGAGAUUGGAUAACUUUACGAUAACCGGCGAAAAGUUAUACUGUAUUCCGCAUUUCAAACAACUAUUUAUGGAAAAAGGAAAUUAUGAACAAGGAUUUGGUUUAGAACAACACAAAGACAAAUGGAUGAAUAAAUGCAUUAACAAUAAUGACCUGAUUAUCAAUAACGAUGACACCACCGACAACAAUGACAAUGAACACACCGUUGAUGACACUACUCAUAGUCAUAAUCAAUUGAUUUGUGACGUUAAUGCCAAUGAAGCGCAUAUCGAUUACGCAAAUCUCAGUGUUUCCGAUGUUUCUGAUAAUGAAUAUUGAAAUUUUGUUACAUUUAUUAUAUUCACAUAAAG